CGUCGCAAUCUGUUUCUCACCUGCAACGCGUUUGCCCACACGACUUCUCAGAAACUUCAAAUCUAUACUUCCAUCCCAUUAAGGAAUCUUAGCCACGCUUUGCUCCCCAAUCUAUAAAUAUGCAUAUGAUUUGAUUCCACUUAUUACAUUGUCAUUUACAAAUUACAAUCACUUCGCCUUUAUUGUUUGUUUGCAUUUGAAAGACAGCAUCAACUUCGAUCAAUUCAUCAUCAUCACCACCAUGAGUCACUUCAACAAUCAGCACGAAGCACCUGUAUCAUAUCCGCCAACAAUGAGUGCGUACCCUCCUCCACCAGCAGCAUCAUAUGUUAGUGCUCCACCACCAAUGGGUUACCCUUCAAAGGAUGGUCCUCCAGCUGCAGGGUACCCCCAACAGAGUGUUCCACAACACACCACAACCAAGGGUGAUGGCUUCUGGAAGGGUUGUUGUGCUGCCCUAUGUUGCUGUUGUGCCCUGGAUAUCUGCUUCUGAUUGAGUCACUCCAUAGAUUUGUGCAUGCUAUCAUUGUUUUUCACCUGCUUCCUUCUUCCUUUUGUAUAAUUCUUUGUAGUUUAUAGAACAAUAAGGAUCUUUAUUCACUUGGCUAU